AGAAUAUCUCACAAUGGAUAUCAACUCAGUUAACAAGACUUACUGAUGUACCACCGCUUGAUUUAGAUAUGAACUUCAUAUGUCGAUAUCAACCUCACCAUGGUUUACGCAUAUCAAUUGAUGGUGCUAUGAAUUUACCAUGGACUAAAUUUACACAUGCAACACUAUGCUUUAACCCACCUGGCAGCUUUUAUUUCGGAAGCGACCAAGCAGCUUAUGACAGGCUCAUAUUUACUGAAGAAUUAGAUUUGGACAGUAGUUUUUAAAGCACCUGUAUGGCAUGAUAGCUGGCAUUUAUAUCCAAACAGACAUCUCAAUAAAUAUCUGACUCUAAUUAUUCAUCUACAAGAGAUUGGUGUGACUGUACAUACAGAUAGAUAUAAGUAUGGACUCAUGGAACAGGCCUGGACAGCAGUUCAGAUCUUCACAGAGCAGUAUGCCAUCACUGAUACAUUUCAGUUACCUUUAUAUCAAGGUAGUCCCAAUCCUGAGAUAUUAAAUAUACUAAGCAGACAACCAUGUAAAGAGGUACUCCGUGCUAACGCCAAACCAGCUGAGAAUGGGUCUGUAUUUGUGAGAAUUGCUGAUGCUAGAAGAUAUGAAGACAUUCCCACACCACUGGUCAAUGCAAAUACUGAAUACAUUCUACCACAUAAACUUGCUGAUUUCACAAAAGAAAUACCAUCUAAGCCAUUAAGAUCAUUGGUACCUCAAGGCAGGGAAGUCAGAGAAUUUGGAAUUAGUCUGGCUACAAAGUUUCGAAAU